CUGCCAUUUAUUGAUCUUGCUAAUUCCGUCAAUGAAGAAAAGUGUUCAUCACUUUUCGUCAGAGCAAUAAAGAAUAUUUUUCACGUGAAUUGACAAACGCAUUUACCGGGCUACUGACUUAAUGAUAACUAUUAUUCACGACAACUAUUAUUGUCGAGUGCAUUUGUUCUGUGGAAAUUAUUAAUCUCGCAAUGAACAAACCAAUAAAGAUCGGCAUUAUCGGAGGAUCCGGACUGGAUGAUAGUCAGAUUAUUGAAUCACGUGCAGAAAAAGUUGUGAACACACAUUUCGGGAAUCCAUCGGAUGUACUAAUUGAAGGGAAAAUAGCCGGAGUUGAUUGCGUUUUGCUAGCCCGCCACGGACGGAACCACUCAAUUAUGCCCUCGAAUGUGAAUUACCGAGCAAAUAUUUGGGCGCUCAAGGAGCUCGGGUGCACGCAUUUGAUUGUAUCAACCGCUACAGGAUCGUUGCAAGAAAACAUUCGUCCUGGAGAUAUUGUCAUUCCAGAUAAUUUUAUCGAUCGUACUACGAAACGGGCACAAACAUUUUAUGAUGGCAACGAGCUGCUGGUAGGAGUUUGUCACAUACCCAUGGAACCAGCAUUCUGUAGUCGAAGUCGCGAAGUGUUGAUCGAAACCGCCAAAGAGUUGGGAAUUCCGGUACACGAACGAGGAACCGUAGUCACAAUAGAAGGUCCUAGAUUCUCUAGCAAAGCCGAAAGUAAAAUGUUCCGCCAAUGGGGUGCGGAUCUAGUCAAUAUGACUUUGGUACCGGAAGUGGUUCUAGCAAAAGAAGCAGGACUUUGUUAUGUAGCCAUUGCCAUGGCUACAGAUUACGAUUGUUGGAGAGAUUGCGGUGAAAACGUCAAUGUGGCAGACGUGUUGGCUACCUUUAAGAAAAAUAUCACGAAAGUUACGGAACUAAUUACUAGUGCCAUUCCAAGAAUGGCCGCCAUUGAUUGGACCAGUACAAUCGACGAUUUGAAGAGUACUGUUAACUCAAGUAUUAUGCUACCUCACUCCAAUUGAAACUUGACACUAACAUUUAAAAAGUAUUUAGACAUUCAAAUUCUACUUUUAUGUGGCUCUCACACGUCAACAAACUUUUCUGCUUCCUCAAUUGAUAAAAGUGAGUCAAAAUAAUUCUCUCUCCCCUAAAUGGUAUUUUCAUGCUGGAAUUACGAAUGUGUUUUCAGACUAGUAAGACCCAAUUUUCCUUUCUAUGCAUUUACGUGUCAUAAUCAUUUGUAACUAGUCAAUUGCAAGCAGCUGCCAUUCGAAUGACUAAUAAAUUGAGUGAAUUCCAUAAA